AUGGAAUCCUCCCCCUCUCCUCCUUCUCCGUCUGCGGCCUCGCCCCCGGCGGCUCCUGCGGCGAACGGAGCGGCGGUCAGCACCAGUAAUGGGGGCGGCGGCGGUGGUAAUGGCGUUGGCGAGCCGGGGAAGCUGUUCGUGGGCGGGAUACCGUGGGACGCGACGGAGGACGCGCUGCGGGAUUACUUCGGGAAGUACGGGGAUGUGACGGAGGCCAUCAUCAUGAGGGAGAGAGGAACGGGGAACGCGCGGGGGUUCGGCUUCGUCUCCUUCUCGGAUCCUUCCGCCGCCGACAAAGCCAUCCAGGACACCGCCGCCAAGCACGCCAUCCUCGGCAGGCCGGUGAGUAAUCUCUCCCGCGGACGGUUAUUUUGAUGAGAAGAGUUUGAUAAUCUAGGAAAUGAUUCCCUUCUCCGUGAUUGUGGAGCCCCCUAGGUCUCGUUUCCGCUACAUUCCCGAUUUCGAAUGGCAAGAAGGAAAAGAAGAACAUUAAUUAUUUGUGAUUGAUGAUUUCUAUUGGUCUUCAUUUUAUCGAUUUAAUUUCCCUUUUGCAGAUCAUUCUUCGCUAUGGCUUUCUUCUGAUGCUGGUUGAUUGUUCUUGUCGCUUGAUAACCAAGUCAAAAUAGUAAAAUAAAAACUGGCUUUUCCAUGCUUUAUUUUACUUGUUCUUCCGUAUCUCAAUUAUUGCAUCAAUUUUCCUGGACACCAUGUUUGGCUUUUUUGUUCCCCCUCUCUCUCUCUCUCUCUCUCUCUCUCUCUCUGUAUUUGUAUUUAUCUAUUUAUUUAUUUUUCAUGCGCACAAUUCACAGAUUAAUCUCUGGACUAGAGGGUUAAAUUCCUAAUGAGUUGACUUUUUCCGCUUGUAUGAAGACAGAUGAGCCAGUCAUUUUGUUUAAAUUAUGAAGCGGGAUGGAAUCUUGUGUUGAUCUUUUAUGAAUAUAAAAUCUCAAAAGCAUCUCCUUCCUCUCUCUCUCUCUCUCUCUCUCCCUCUCUCUCUGCCUUCCAUCACACGUUUGGAUACACGCCAUGCACAGAUAAUCUAUGAAUUGGAGGUCUCAGUCUCCUGAUGACCUGACUUCUUGCUGCUAUCAGAACUGGUGACUCUGUCAAGUAUAAAUGAUUAUCUCCUCUCUCUCUCUCCCUCUCUCUCUGCCGUGCAUCACACUUUGACGUAGACACCAUUCGCUGACUAAUCUAUGAACCAGAGGUGUUAGACUCCAGGUGACUUGACUCUUUGGCCAAUAUUAAGUUAGAUGAGUCAGUCAAGUUUUUCUCCCCACUAUCUUUCUCUGUCUUGUCUUCUCUCCGGAAUACAUUGGUGACCAUCAUUCACCAAGAAAUGCUCGAACGAGCUUGGUUGCUUGACUUUACGCAAUAUUUUAUUACUUAUUAUUCAUUUUUCUGUACACCUGUUCAUGCUAUUUGACAUUUUUAUCGUAUUUCUGUGUGCCCUCUCUCUCUCUCUCUCUCUCUCUCUCUCUCUCUCUCUCUCACCCUUUCACUGAACCACAUUCACAUCUCUCAGAGAAAAAUGGAUGGAGCAGAAAGAUCAGACCUUCGGAAGGGUUGACUUUCCCACACCCCCACAAAAGAUGAUCCUGAGUCUUGUUUUAAUUAAUAGGCUCGACUUUUUCUUUUCCUCUUUUCUUAAUAUGAAAUCCUCUUUCUCUUUCUCUGUUCCUCCCUCUUUCACUCACUCACAGAAGAAAAAUCGAUCAAUCCGAGAGAUCAGAGCUUCAAACCGGUUGACUUUCCCGACUCUUAUCCUUUUUUCCAGGUGGAAGUGAAGAGGGCCAUCCCCCGGGGCGAGCAGCAUCAGAACCACCAGCACCAGUUCUCCGACCACCACCACCAGCACCACGGCAAGCCCUCCAGCAAGAGCGGCGGAGGAAGGGCCGCCGCCGCCACCGGUGACUCCGGCCAGGCGAAGACGAAGAAGAUCUUCGUCGGCGGCCUCUCAGCGAACGUCACCCAGGAGGAAUUCCGUGGCUACUUCGAAAAGUUUGGGAAGAUCACCGACGUCGUCGUGAUGUACGACAGCGCCACCCACCGGCCGAGGGGCUUCGGCUUCAUCACCUUCGAGUCCGAGGAGUCAGCCGACGGCGCCGUCGAGACCACCUUCCAGACACUCAACGGCAAGACCGUCGAAGUCAAGAAGGCCAUCCCCCGCGACGGCGGUGGCGGCGCCGGCGUCGGCGGCGGCGACGGUGGCGGCGGAGGGAAGAACGGGUUCUACUACGGCAGGAGCGCACAGAGCCCGAGGACCGCCGGUAACGGGAGGGGCGCCAUCCUCGACGGCUACGGCGGUGGUGGGAUGUACCCCCCGUACGGCCACCGGCUUGGCGGCGGCUUUCAGGGAUACGGUGCCGCCGCCGCUCCGCCGUACUCCCCCUACGGCUACGCUGCCGCCGGCGCCGGCGAGGGGUACGGCUUCGGAGGCUAUGGAGUCGGCUACGGCGCGCCGCCGUUCGCAGGCCCCCGGGGAGCUUGGAACGGCGCAGGAUACGUCGUCGGCGGCCGGCGGAGCCCGCUGCCGUACGGUGCCGCCGCCGGCUUCUUCCCGGGGUACUUUCCCGGCGCUGCCGCCGGGCCGUACGUCGGCGUCGGAGGCGGCGGAUACCACGGAUUUCCCGCCUCGGGAAACGGAAAGUGGACUCAAGCCGACGGCGGCGGCGGCUGCGGCGAUCACCAGGUUAACGGAGCUGCUCACGACGAGAAUGGGAAAUCCGACAACCGGUGA